GUCAACAACUACUUGACUUUGUAAGGUUCUCCAGCGAUGUAUUGAAUUCCUAUUCUAAAUUUGAUUGUAUGCCCGAUUGGCGCGCGGGAACAGUCGCAUGUCAAUUGUUGGCGGGAACGCGUUGUUUUUUUUUUAUUUUCCAUUUACGAGUGAUAGUGAUGUGAUGUGCUGUUCGGAUUUUUGAUGUUAACGAUUGCGUUCUUCGUAGUUACCGUUGUUUUUGGUUAUUUUUUACGACAGAUUUUGAAUAAACCCUCGGAUUCGGUUGAAAGUCAGAUAAUGAGCGAUCAGGAGCAGGCUAGGUGCUCUUCGAGCGAGAGCGACAAUUUCGAGAAGAUCGACUCCGAAGACCUUCCGGAACAGAAUGACAAGCCAGGAUUCACCGUCGGUGAAGAUGAAGACGAGGGCCCAGCUAACGAAGGGGGUGAUUUCUUCCCCAACGCCCCCCCUCCUAAUCUGAAGCCGAAGAUGACCAUCGUCCAACAGCUCGCGUUGGCAGAGAAGCGGAGUAAACUCAAGCCGUCUAUGUCCCAGGGCACGGUGAUCCACAGCCAGCGUUUCCAGGAGAAAGACUUCACCGUUGCCACUCCGGAGGAAUUUGUCAAGCGGUUCCAGGGCACCAAGGCUAUUAAUAAGGUCCUAAUCGCGAACAACGGAAUCGGCGCAGUAAAAUGCAUGCGCUCCAUCCGAAGAUGGUCGUACGAGAUGUUCAAAAACGAACGCGCAGUGCGCUUCGUCGUUAUGGUGACCCCAGAAGAUUUAAAGGCAAAUGCAGAAUACAUAAAAAUGGCGGACCAUUACGUUCCCGUUCCCGGGGGAUCGAACAACAACAAUUACGCCAAUGUCGAGCUCAUCGUCGAUAUAGCCAUCAGGACUCAAGUGCAGGCCGUAUGGGCCGGCUGGGGUCACGCCUCAGAGAACCCUAAACUACCCGAAAUGCUACAUCGCGCCGGGGUAGUCUUUAUCGGUCCUCCAGAAAAGGCUAUGUGGGCUCUGGGAGACAAAAUCGCAUCCUCUAUAGUCGCCCAGACGGCUGAUAUCCCGACUUUGCCUUGGAGCGGAAGUGAUCUAAAAGCGGAGUACAACAGCAAAAAGAUCAAGAUCUCCUCUGAACUGUUCGCCCGCGGUUGCGUCACAACCUCAGAACAGGGUCUCGCCGCGGCGCACAAGAUUGGCUUCCCCGUUAUGAUUAAGGCUUCCGAAGGCGGCGGCGGCAAGGGAAUCAGAAAAGUGGAGAACGCUGAUGACUUCCCAUCCAUGUUCCGACAGGUGCAAGCUGAGGUGCCUGGUUCCCCUAUCUUCGUGAUGAAGCUCGCUAAAUCGGCCCGCCAUUUGGAAGUGCAGCUUAUUGCUGAUCAGUACGGUAACGCCAUCUCUCUGUUCGGACGUGACUGCUCAAUUCAGCGUCGGCAUCAGAAAAUCAUUGAAGAAGCGCCGGCAGCCAUCGCCAGGCCAGACGUCUUUAUUGAAAUGGAAAAGGCCGCCGUCCGUCUAGCCAAAAUGGUGGGCUACGUGUCAGCCGGCACAGUGGAAUACUUAUACGAGCCAGCUACCGGGCAAUACUACUUCCUGGAGCUAAACCCUCGCCUGCAGGUGGAGCAUCCUUGCACGGAGAUGGUCGCCGACGUCAACCUGCCCGCUGCGCAGCUGCAGAUCGCCAUGGGUCUACCGCUGUACCAUAUAAAGGACAUACGCCUGCUGUACGGCGAAGGACCCUGGGGUCUAUCAGCCAUUGAGUUGGACGAACCUAAGCAACGCCCAUCGCCGUGGGGACACGUUAUUGCUGCACGUAUCACUUCUGAGAACCCUGACGAAGGUUUUAAACCGUCAUCCGGUACAGUACAAGAGCUAAACUUCCGCUCCUCAAAGAACGUGUGGGGCUACUUCAGCGUAGCGGCCUCUGGAGGCCUACACGAGUUCGCGGACUCACAGUUCGGACACUGUUUCUCAUGGGGCGAAACCAGAGAACAGGCUAGAGAGAAUCUCGUAAUAGCGCUAAAGGAGCUCAGCAUCCGCGGUGACUUCAGAACUACCGUGGAGUACCUCAUAACGCUCCUGGAGACUCCCGCCUUUCAGAACAACGAUAUCGACACCAGCUGGCUUGACGCACUCAUCGCCGAGAGAGUACAAUCGGAGAAACCCGACAUCAUGCUGGGUGUUCUCUGUGGUUCCAUCCUGAUCGCUGACAGCAUCAUUACCACCCACUUCCAGGACUUCAAGAGUGGUCUGGAGAAAGGUCAAAUCCAAGGCUCCAGCCAGCUCUCAAACAGCGUGGAAGUGGAACUUAUCCACACUGGCAGCAAGUACCGCGUGCAAGCGUGCAAGUCCGGACCUACUACCUACUUCCUGGCCAUGAAUGGAAGCUUCAAGGAGUUGGAGGUCCAUAAGCUGACUGAUGGAGGUACCCUCCUAUCCGUGGACGGAGCAUCCUACACGACGUACCUGAAGGACGAAGUAGACAAAUACCGCAUCGUCAUCGGCAAUCAGACCGUCGUCUUUGAGAAGGAGAAGGACCCGUCGAAACUGCGAUCCCUUUCGGCGGGGAAACUUAUCAACUGUCUGAUUGAGGACGGCGGGCAUGUGGAUAAGGGACAGCCUUAUUGCGAAAUUGAGGUGAUGAAAAUGGUGAUGACCCUCGCGGCACCCGAAGCCGGCAAGAUCACGUGGAAUCUUAGACCUGGUGCCGUCUUGGAGAUGGGAUCUCUCAUAGGAACUCUUGAUCUGGACGACCCAUCCCUAGUUACCACGGCAACGCCGUACAAGGGACAGUUCAUACACGAAGAGAACCCCCAUCUUUCUGAGAAGCUUAGCCAACAACACAACAAGUACAGGGCUAUACUCGAGAAUAUACUCGCUGGUUACUGUUUGCCGGAGCCAUACAACACGCCCCGCUCGCGUGAAAUUGUUGAGAAGUUCAUGCAGAGUUUGCGAGACCCGUCGCUGCCACUGCAAGAGCUACAGGAGGUGCUAUCCUCAGCGUCGGGCCGUAUUCCCCUCGCUGUAGAGAAGAAGGUCCGCAAACUGAUGUCGCUAUACGAAAGGAACAUCACCAGUGUGCUGGCGCAGUUCCCGAGCCAACAGAUCGCUAGUGUUAUCGACCACCACGCCGCUUCGCUGCCGAAACGUGCAGACCGAGAUGUGUUCUUCAUGAGCACUCAAGCUUUAGUUCUUUUGGUCCAGAGAUAUAGGAAUGGCAUUCGAGGCAGAAUGAAGGCGGCCGUCUACGAUUUGCUGAAGCAAUAUUAUCAAGUCGAAAGCAACUUCCAACUGGGCUCGUACGACAAAUGCGUGAUGGCUCUCCGCGACAAACACAAGGACGACAUGCAAGCCGUCGCCGACAUCAUAUUCUCACACAACCAAGUCGCCAAGAAGAACCUUUUGGUGACACUGUUAAUCGACCACCUGUGGUCCAACGAGCCCGGUCUGACCGACGAGUUGGCGGCCAUUUUGAACGAGCUGACGUCACUGCAUCGCGCUGAACACAGCCGAGUCGCGCUCAGGGCCAGACAAGUACUGAUUGCGGCCCAUCAGCCGGCCUACGAGCUGCGUCACAACCAGAUGGAGUCCAUCUUCCUGUCCGCCGUGGACAUGUACGGACAUGACUUCCACCCUGAGAACCUUCAGAAACUGAUCCUCUCCGAGACUUCCAUAUUCGACAUACUGCACGACUUCUUCUACCAUACCAACCAAGCAGUAAUCAACGCGUCGCUGGAAGUUUACGUUCGUCGCGCCUACACCUCAUACGAGAUCCAAUGCUUGCAACACCUGGAUUUGUCAGGAGAGCUAAGCGUAGUGCACUUCCAGUUUGUGCUGCCUACUGGACACCCUAACAGAAUCCCGCUGAGCCAAUCAGAGAUCGAGUUAGCAUCAGCUCAAGACGCCGAAGGUAUACCGGCGGAAUUAUGUACCGCCGCCAUGAAGAAAUGCCACCACCGGACGGGCGCGUUGGCAGCUUUCGACUCUUUCGAGCAUUUCGCGCAGUAUGCUGACGAGUUGCUGGACCUAGUUCAUGACUUUGCUAGCACAGCCAGCGUGAGGAGAGAGGACCUGCAAGCUUUGCAGGAGGGCAGCGAGAGUCGAGGCGACAGCACCAGCAUCAAUGUCGGUAUGGAUUACAAGCCCAACGAUACGGAGGAAGCGAACCUGGAGCCCAUCCACAUCCUAAUGAUCGGGGUGCGAGACAACGGGGAGAGCGAUGACGUGGCCCUCGCGCGUCGCUUCGGCGGAUUCUGUCGCGCGCACAGACAGGAAUUACACCAGAAGAGGAUCCGGCGUGUCACCUUUAUGUCGCUCAUCAAGCGUCAAUUCCCCAAAUUCUUCACAUACCGCGCCCGUAACGACUUCACCGAAGACACGAUCUACCGGCACCUGGAGCCAGCCUCGGCCUUCCAGCUGGAGCUAUACAGGAUGAGAAGCUAUGAGCUGGAAGCCCUGCCUACCAGCAACCAGAAGAUGCAUCUAUACCUGGGCAAGGCUAAGGUGAAGAAGGGUCAAGAGGUGACGGACUACCGUUUCUUCAUCCGCUCCAUCAUCAGACACCAGGACCUCAUCACCAAGGAGGCCAGUUUCGAGUAUCUGCAGAACGAGGGAGAGAGGGUGCUGCUAGAAGCAAUGGAUGAGCUGGAGGUGGCUUUCUCCCAUCCGCUGGCCAAGAGGACCGACUGCAACCACAUCUUCCUCAACUUCGGACCCACCGUCAUCAUGGACCCGUCCAAGAUUGAGGAAUCUGUCCUCGGUAUGGUGAUGCGAUACGGGCCCCGGCUUUGGAAGCUCAGGGUUCUGCAGGCGGAGAUCCGAUUCACACUCAGAAUAGCUAUCGUGGUGUUUCAGAUCAUGUUCCAAUCGUUCGGAGCGCGCCAAGGACCCAUGCACGGCCUGCCGAUCUCCACUCCCUACGUCACUAAGGACUAUCUGCAGCAAAAGAGGUUCCUGGCUACGUCACAAGGCACUACGUACGUGUACGAUCUACCCGACAUGUUCAGACAAGUCGUCGAGAGGAGAUGGCGAGAAUGCAUCGAGGACGGCAGUGUUGAAGGCCCUGCACCGGAUAAUGUCAUGGCGGCUGUGGAAUUAGUGGUUGAGCCGGAAGGCGAACGGAGAGUGGUGGAGGUGACGAGGCUGCCUGGACAGAAUACCGUCGGCAUGGUAGCCUGGCGCUUAACACUGUACACUCCCGAGUGCCCCAAGGGUCGCGACAUCGUCGUCAUAGCGAACGAUCUGACCUACUACAUGGGUUCCUUCGGGCCUCAGGAAGAUUGGGUGUACUACAGGGCAUCGCAAUACGCUAGGGAACUCAAGAUCCCGAGGCUAUACAUCAGUGUUAACUCCGGCGCUCGUAUCGGCGUCGCUGAAGAGGUCAAACAAGCGUUCAACGUCGCGUGGAUCGACGCCGAACGCCCGGAGCGAGGCUUCAAGUACCUGUACCUGACCCCGGAGGCCUACAGCCGCCUCGGGCCGCUCGGCUCCGUCAAAACCGAGCUCAUUGAUGAUGAGGGGGAGUCCAGAUACAAGAUCACAGAUAUUAUUGGCAAAGAAGACGGCCUUGGUGUUGAAUGUCUUCGCGACGCGGGUCUCAUCGCGGGAGAAACGGCCCAGGCUUACGAAGAUGUGGUCACGAUAUCUGUCGUCACUUGCCGCGCUAUCGGUAUUGGAUCUUAUGUUGUCAGACUCGGCCACCGCGUGAUCCAAGUAGAGAACUCCUACAUCAUCCUAACCGGCUACGCCGCCCUGAACAAGGUCCUCGGCCGCGCGGUCUAUGCCAGUAACAACCAGCUCGGAGGCAUCCAGAUUAUGCACAAUAACGGAGUCACUCACGCCGUGGCCCCUACGGACUUGGAUGCUGUCGCUACAGCUGUCAGGUGGCUGUCUUAUGUCCCUAAGGACAAACUAUCCAUGGUGCCCAUCAUGCGAAUCUCGGACCCGAUCGAGCGGCCCGUGGAAUGGAAGCCGCCGCGCACGGCCCACGACCCGCGGUUGAUGCUCACAGGCGACGGAGCGCGGGCUGGCUUCUUCGAUGUCGGCACCUUUGAUGAGAUCAUGAGGCCGUGGGCGCAGACGGUUAUUGCUGGCCGCGCCCGUCUCGGCGGUAUCCCAGUCGGAGUGAUCGCAGUCGAGACUCGAACGGUGGAGUUGACCCUGCCCGCUGACCCCGCUAACAAGGAUUCAGAGUCCAAGACGCUACAGCAAGCCGGACAGGUAUGGUUCCCCGACUCUGCGUACAAGACUUCACAGGCCAUCAACGACUUCUCUCGCGAGAACCUGCCCAUCAUGAUCUUCGCUAACUGGCGUGGCUUCAGUGGUGGACAGAAGGACAUGUACGAAGAGAUUUUGAAGUUCGGCGCCGAGAUCGUGCGCGCCCUCCGUCACGCCACCGCUCCCGUGUUAGUGUACAUCCCGCCUGGCGGCGAGCUCAGGGGGGGAGCGUGGGCGGUCGUUGACCCCAGCGUGAACAGCGCUCGCAUGGAGAUGUACGCCGAUCCGGAGGCCAGGGGCGGUGUCCUUGAAGCAGAGGGCAUCGUGGAGGUCAAGUUCAAGCAGCGGGACACGCUCAAGGCCAUGCAGAGGCUAGACCCUGAACUGCAGAGGCUCAGCGCUAGGAUAGCAGAAUUGAAAGACCAGAUCGCCGACCUGUCCAAGCGGUUCGACCGUCGCGGCUCCAUCGAUGACGUGCUAGUUCGCACGGAGGCCGGGCGCGAAGCCGAGAACAAGGCCCGGGAGCUGGAGACUGAACUGCAGCAGUGCGAGAAGAACGCCAAGGCCAGGGAGAAGGAGCUACAGCCUAUAUACCACGAGAUCGCUGUACAGUUUGCCGAGCUGCACGAUACAGCGGAGAGGAUGUUAGAAAAGGGCUGUAUAUUUGACAUAAUUCCCUGGAAGGACUCCCGUCGCUUCCUGUACUGGCGUUUGCGGCGUCUGCUGCUGCAGAACCAGCAGGAGCGGCGCGUGCAGGCCGCGGCGCGCCAGGCCGCCGAGGACAUGGACCAGGGCGCCGCCGCCGCCACGCUGCGGCGCUGGUUCACCGAGGACCAGGGCGAGACGCAGUCUCACCAAUGGGAGCGAGACAACGAGGCAGUUUCCAAGUGGUUCGAGGCUCAAACGUGCGACGACAACUCGGUGCUGGAACGAAACCUCCGCGCCAUCAAACAGGAUUCCGUCAUGAACGCCGUCAACAGCCUUGUUAUGGAACUAACACCGUCUCAGCGAGCGGAAUUCAUCAGGAAACUCACAGCUUUAGAAAUGGAGCAAUAGGACGCCGGUAGAUAGAACAAAUUAUAUUUAGAAUAAGGCCUGAAUGAACGCUCAAUCACACCUCUGACAAUGGCGAUCAAAUAUAUGAAAGAGGCGCGUUCCUACGUACACAGUCUAAGCUCGUGUAGGUGAACGCGUACCAUGCUUGUGUGAGUGAGAGACAGGUAACUGUGAGACGAGAUCGGGAGGGGGGGGGGGGCAGCGGGGAGUGGCCAUACUGUACGAUAGUACACUUUAUCAUACUGUGCUCAUAUUGCGCGAUCACUCAGGCCUGAAGCUAGGAACAUACUACGCGGACGUCCGUCGUAAAUCGACCGCGACCGCGACCGAUCAGUGUGCACGGUCACAAAACAUCCAGCGAGCCAGAUUUCGAUCGGACGUCCAUGCG